CUAUGUCAUACUUGGAAGAUGGCGACUCAGUGUGAAUCCCAUGCUUGAUUGUUGAUAAAGCAAGUUUUAAUAUUUUACUUAAAAACUGUAUCGAAAAGUCUGAAGAGAAAUGUCACGACUUAUUGUGAAAAACCUCCCAAAUGGGAUGAAGGAGGAGAGAUUCUGUAAGAUGUUUGCAGCCUUCGGGACGUUGACAGAUUGCGGACUAAAGUUCACUAAAGAGGGAAAGUUUCGGAAAUUUGGCUUCGUGGGUUUUAAGUGUGACGAAGAUGCAGAAAAGGCGUUGAAACAUUUUAACAAAAGCUUUGUGGACACAUCUAGAGUGACGGUAGAAUUUUGUACAGAUUUUGGAGACCCAAACAAAGCCAGACCUUGGAGCAAGCACAGUCAGCAGGCUGACAAAACCAAGGACGUGCCAAAAGAGCACAAAGAAGAAGAAAAGAAAGAGAAGGAGGGAAAGAAAAGGCCUCUUACUCUUCUGGGAGAACUGGAAGAAGACCAGGCCUUUCAGGAGUUUCUUGCUGUGCACCAGAACCGCACGCUGGUGCCCACAUGGGCCAAUGACUCUGAGCAUACUCAAUCUGCUUACAACAGCAAACAGCAAGGGAAGAAGACGGGGAAGAAAGCUGCUGGUGAUGAUUACCUGAACUUUGACUCAGACGAGUCUGAGGAGCUGAGCGAUAAUGAUGAUGAUGAUGAUAAUAAAGAAGAUGCCGCAGCAGAUAUAGAUGCUGAGCAAGAUACAUCCAAGGAGGCUCUGAAGGAAGGCGUGUCUGAUAUGGACUACCUUCGUUCCAAAGUGGUGGAGAAGUCCAACAUGGUGAAUGAGAGUGGAGAUGAUGAUUAUGAUGAUGAUGAUGAUGAGGAGCAGAAUGCAGAACAGAAAGAAGAGCAUCCAGGCGCCGCAUACAAGAGUGGUGACAAGGACAGUAGGGAGAAAGCCAUCAUGGCAGCACCUUCCCAGAAAAAGUUUGAACCCACUACAGACUUCACAGUCAAGCUACGUGGAAUUCCGUUCAGUGCUAAAGAGAAACAAAUACAAGAGUUUAUGUUGCCACUGAAGCCGGUUGCGAUCCGAUUUGCCAAGAACAAGGAUGGCCGUAACUCGGGCAAUGUGUACGUGGACCUACGGUCAGAGACAGAGGUGGAAAGAGCUCUUCGACUCAACAAAGAGUACAUAGGGGGGCGCUACAUUGAAGUGUUCAGAGCCUCAAACUUAAGUGACCAUGGGAGACCAACGAAACCUGCAAGGCAAGAGAGGAACUUUGUCUCCGAGUUGAAGGAGGACGAAGAAGAAGAGGACGUUUCCGAAUCUGGGCGGCUCUUUGUGCGGAACCUGCCGUACACCUGCACAGAAGAGGAACUGAAUGAGCUCUUUGUUAAGCAUGGUUGUCUGUCCGAGCUCCACUUUCCCAUCGACACUCUGACUAAGAAACCCAAGGGCUUCGCGUUUGUUACUUAUAUGAUCCCUGAAAACGCAGUGACUGCCUUAGCCCAGCUGGAUGGCCAUAUAUUCCAGGGCCGGGUAUUGCACAUCAUACCCUCCAGGAUAAAGAAGGAGAAGCCAGAGCAGGAUGACAGUGUCCCAGGCAGUUCUUCGUACAAGAGGCAGAAGGAUGCCAAGGACAAGGCUGGCAGCGGCAGUGCGCAUAAUUGGAACACGCUGUUUCUAGGCACGAGUGCGGUUGCUGAUGCCAUUGCGGAGAAAUACAAUACGACCAAAAGCCAAGUGCUUGAUCAUGAGUUGAAGGGUAGUUUGGCUGUACGGAUGGCACUCGGAGAGACUCAGAUCAUCCAGGAAACCAGACAGUUCUUGCUGGACAAUGGAGUAGCUCUGGACUCCUUCAGUCAGGCUGCUGGCCAGCGCAGUAACUCUGUGAUCCUAGUGAAGAACUUGCCAACAGGUGUGCAAGUAAAGGAGCUGGAAGCCCUCUUCUCACCCCAUGGCUCUUUGGGGAGAGUGUUACUGCCCCCUGCUGGCUUGACGGCCAUUGUAGAGUUCUUGGAGCACACUGAAGCAAAACGUGCCUUCACCAAACUUGCAUACACAAAGUUUCAGCAUGUUCCCUUGUACUUGGAGUGGGCUCCUAUGGCAGUCUUCUCGACCCCACCUAAGGGCCAUAAAGCAGAACCUGUGCCUGUGUGUAAGGUUGAACAAACAGACCCAAAGAAAAAGGAAGAAGCUGAAGAAGAGGAGGAGGAGGAGGAGGAGGAAGAGGAGAGUUUGCCUGGCUCAACACUCUUCAUUAAGAACCUUAACUUCAGCACCACAGAAAAGACACUGCAGGAGACAUUUUCCAAAUGUGGAGCAGUGAAAAUUUGCAACAUAUCCAAGAAGAGGGAUAAAGCAGGCAAACUGUCAUCUAUGGGCUACGGCUUUGUACAAUACAAAACCCCUGAGGCUGCUCAGAAAGCCAUGCGGCAGCUGCAGCAUUGUACUGUUGACGAGCAUCAGCUUGAGCUGAAAGUCUCUGAAAGAGGAUUAAAGUUGGGUGUGGCACAAACUGGCAGGAAGAAGCAAACGGCUAAGAAACAGACAACUUCUAAGAUCCUAGUGCGAAAUGUCCCCUUCCAGGCCACAGUCAAGGAACUGAGAGAGCUUUUCUGUACAUUUGGAGAGCUGAAGACUAUACGUCUGCCAAAGAAAGGCUCUGGUGGAGGUCACCGUGGCUUUGCCUUUGUGGACUUUCUCACAAAGCAGGAUGCCAAGAAAGCCUUCUCAGCUCUGUGCCAAAGUACGCACCUGUACGGCAGGAGGCUUGUCCUCGAGUGGGCCAACGCAGAGGAAACUGUUGAAGACCUACGCAGGAAAACGGCUCAGCACUUCCACGAUGCUCCUAAGAAACGGAAGCAGACCGGAGUGUUGGAGGGAAUACUGGAGCAGAUGGAGGUGGAGGAGAUGGACAGCUGAACAGCUGAUCAUCCAUGUGGUGACAAGGACAGGGUGAACCUUGCAAAGGAGUCAUCUGUCUUUUUAUUUGGCCCUAAAUUAAUUACAACCAGCUUCAGAUGAAGGCCUCCCUGUUCACCAGAUUGGGAAACUUUAUUUCAACCUGUGAUUUUCUUCAAACUGCAUCCCACUGACAAGGAGGACCUGCAGACAUGAAUAAUUUGGAUAAAGGACUAGAACUGUUCAUUUUUGUACUCUGUAUGGACUUUACAAGCCCCAAUUGUAUCCCUAAAUUAGUGGUUCCUCCUGUAACACACUAAACAUAUAAUUGUUUUGAAGUAAUAAAUUAGAACAUUUGUACAGACCAGAAUUUUUAUAGUUUAUAGCUUUUACUCAUGUUUCAGUGUUUUAUUGUUCCACUACUGCUUUAAUUCAGUGGAUGAAAAUUGUCUUCAUGAUGUUAGAAACAUAUUGUAUUUAUUGACAAGGAAAGAAGUGAUUUUAUGAGUAAAAGAAAAUGUCUACUUGA